UGCAAGUAUGAUCACUCAUUCACUCAUUCUGCAAUACCACAUUAGCUAAGUAAAAUGGAAGCUCAAAUGAAGUACAUCUGCAUUCUUGGAUUCAUUGUAGUUCUGGGGAUUGCUGUUGGAUUCAAUGGAGUAGAAGCACGUUAUGAAUGUGGAAAGAACACGACCCCGGACAUGGAAGCGUUCAAGCUGGCUCCUUGUGCAUCUGCAGCGCAAGAUACAGACUCGACGCCUUCCAGCAGCUGCUGUGCUCAGGUGAAGAAAAUGGGACAGAAUCCGCCUUGCCUCUGUGCUGUUAUGCUCUCUAAUACUGCUAAGAGCUCUGGUGUCAAGCCCGAGGUCGCUAUAAUGAUUCCCAAGCGCUGCAAUCUUGCUGAUCGCCCAAUUGGUUACAAAUGUGGAGCUUACACAUUGCCUUGAAGCGUGAAGAGAAGUAACAUAUUUUACUGUGGAGUGUUUGUGUGCUCUAGUGAUGAUGUAAUUUGAUCAAUUGUAGUCUUCAAAUGUUAGCUAGUUUAUCUAGCUAAUAACUUGAAUGUCGUAUCCAGACUUGUGAACAAUGAAUAAAUAUCUGGCAGUUAAUGUUUCAAAA